AUGGAAUCUAAGUUAGGGUGGAGCACCCCUGUGAGCCAACUACGAGAGGCCAGUGACAUGCUCAAAACAGAAAAAGAAAAGAAAGGGAAAAAACAGAUCACUGCCAGAGAGAAAGCUGCCGGACCUCCCGGUUGGCGCGCGACUAAGUUGAUCGGAGAGGCAAAGAGACCACUGGAGGCCCUGGCAGCCACGCGUCUGGCGACGGUCGCCGUCAUGCAGCCCUGGAACUAG